GGGCCGGUCACGUGACCGCGGCGCAGGAAGCGGUUGGCCAGCGUCCUCGCGUGUCAGAGGUUAGGGGUCAGGACGGCUCCAAAACGGGAUGAGACUGGAGGGAGAUUCAAAAUGGGGGUUUAGAAGGCGGCACGUGAUGCCCUCGUAGCGAUGACGCAGGGGGCGGAGCUGGGCCGGGACUGGCUGGCGCUGCAGAGGGAGCUGCAGAACUCGCUAGAAGCUCAGAAGAGGCAGGCGGUCCUGGUGGAGAAAUUACAGGCAAAGGUUGUACAGUACAGAGAUCGCUACCAGGAUCUGCAGCAGAGCCAAGAAUUCAGUCUGAGCCGGGGGGAACUGGAGUUGGAGAAAGCUCUUCGAAAGUUGGAAGAAGAACAGCAGAGAUGUGCGAGCUUGGCUGCGGUAAACUCUCUGCUGAGGGGAGAUCUGGUGCAGACCCAGGAGUCUCAUAAGCUGCUGGGGGAAGACAUUCACAAACUGACCACCGACUGGUCCAGCUCCAUCCAAGAACUGGAGAGAAAGGAGGGAGAAUGGCAAGCCGAGAGAGAGGUUUAUAAAGGUCAUAUACAGGGUGAGCGCUCCCGUCUCCUGCGACUGUGGACUGAAGUGGUCACAUUUCAUCGACAUUUUAAUGAACUAAAGACGGCAACAGAAAGGGAUUUAUCUGAAUUGCGUGCCGAAUGGACAAGAUGUGUCCGCCUUCUACAAACUUCAUAUUCCUGUCUUAUCUCAUGGAAGCCACAGAAUCCUGGAAAAAUCACGGAGCCCCCAAAGUACCUUCUUGUUACCUGGGGCCAUGGGAUAGAGUCAGUAGAGAUGACCGGACAGGUGGAAGGAGCAUCCGUGAAGGAUUCUAUGUUAGAUACAUGUGGACAUAAAGAGGAAUCAUCAAAAUCACUAAUUGAGGCCACGCAAGUGGAAGUGCAAACCAAAACCUUGUACCAACAGAGACUGGAGGAGGACCUAAAGUUGCUUAGUUCUCAAUUUGAUGCAACAGAGCAAAAUGCCAGCUUGUUGAAGUCACAGCUGGUGACAGCAGAGCAGGAAGAAAGAACAAUGAGGUUGAAUUUGGAGACUGCACAUGAAGAAGCAGGCACCCUGAGGACUCAGCUGGUGGCAGCAGAGCAGGAAGCAGACACCAUGAGGACUCAGCUGGUGGCAGCAGAGCAGGAAGCAGACACCAUGAGGACUCAGCUGGUGGCAGCAGAGCAGGAAGCAGACACCAUGAGGACUCAGCUGGUGGCAGCAGAGCAGGAAGCAGACACCAUGAGGACUCAGCUGGUGGCAGCAGAAGAGGAAGCAAGCAUGAUGACAACAGAACUGGUGGCAGCUCAACAGGAAGCAAUCACGAUGAGGAUACAGCUUAUUGCAUCAGAAGAGGAAGCAAGCAUGAUGAGGACUCAGCUGGUGGCAGCAGAACAGGAAGCAAGCAUGAUGAGGACUCAGCUGGUGGCAGCAGAACAGGAAACAAGCAUGAUGAGGACUCAGCUGGUGGCAGCAGAACAGGAAGCAAACACGACAAUGUCUCGAGUGCAAGCAGAGAAACAGGAAGAACACACAAACAUAUGGAGUUUGCAGCUUGACAGAGAGGAACAAGAAAGAACCACCAACACAUUCCAGCUGGAGACGCCACCACAGGAAACAAACGUAAUAAGAUUACCUUUAAUGGUGGCUUCAAAGGAGACUAGCACUGCGACAUCACUACUAGAGACAACACUUCCAAGCACGCUAUCACCACCGCUAGCAUCAACUUAUCUGAUGACAUCACUGCUAGAGACCACGCCUCUUGAAACUAGCAAGCUGAUGUCACUGCUGGAGACAACUCGACAGGACGUUAGUAUGGCAGGGCAGGAAGUAGAUUUAGUGGAGAUGUCACGUGCGGACCCAUUAGGCGACAAGGCGCAGUCAAGAUUACAAUUCAUUCUAUCAAAAGAGGACUUAAUUAGGUCGUCAGAGUCCGAGAUAAAUUCGCUGACGUCAAAGGUUCAAGCAUCUGAGCAGGAUACACAUUCAUUAACGGUGCAGCUGGAGGCUUCGCGGCAAGAAGUGCGUUCACUGGAGAUAAAGGCGCAGGAAACGGAAACGUGCAGAGGACAUGUUGAAAAGCUGGAAAAGGAAGUAAGUUCUUUAAGGGCGGAGCUGGAAGAGCGGUCUCAAGAGGUGGAGCUGCUGAGGUCAAGCUUGACGACACAGGAAAUGGAAGAAGAAACGCGACUUCACAGCAUGGAGCGGGAGCUGCAGGAGAUUCAGUAAGUAGAACUCGGCGGUCUCUUGACUGCUGUGCAGUCUGAGCGCUCUGAUCUACUCCACGAUUUAGUGCUGCUGCGGGAAGAGCUGCUGCGCUCUCGUCUUGAAGCCAGUUUGUCUCAAGAUGAAAGGAGCGGCUUGCAGGGCGCUCUCCUCAAGGCAGAAAGGCAGAUAGCUGGGCAGAUGGUGGAGCAGAGCCGACACAGGGCCGAGGUGGACGACCUCCAAGACGCAGUCGCUAAGAUGGGAGACUUGAAUCGAGCCUUGUCUUUAGAUAAAGUGGAACUGAACAGUCUCUUGCUGCAGAGGGAAAAAGAGCUGAAGUCUAUCGGAGAACUUCUGCAAGAGUCACAGAGGGAGAUUGGGAACGCCCAGCAGCGUUUACAGCAAUGUGAGGAGGAACGUUCCCAGCAUAUGGUGGAGCUCGGCAAGGGACAGCGCCUCCUGCAGGACUGCGAAGUAGCAAGAGAAAGCCUGGAAACAGAGCUGUCGUACAUCCGGCUGGAGAGAGACAGACUGCAGGCUGAGCUGAAACAGGAAAGAGAGAGCCUGCGGAAGGAUCAGGACCAGUUAUCUCAGGACGCAGAAGCUUUGAGUCGUGAAAAGUCCACGCUCACCGUACAACUCGGAGUGAGCGAGAGGGAGUGUCUGGAACUAAGAGAAAAGCUAGGAGACCUCCAGAUCAUGAAACAGUGUCUGGAGAAAUCAGUGUUUGCAUCUCAGGAAAGAUCAUCUCAGCUGGAGAUUAGAUGCGGCCAACUGGACCUGAAAGUUCAGACAAUCGCUCAGUCCAAGAAAACCGUCCAAGAUGAGCUUUCUCUCUUGUACGCCGAGCAGGACGCCUUACAGAAGCGAUGUCUUGCUCUUUCUCAGAGGCUUUCUGACUUGGAAGAAGAGAAAGAGGCAGCAAUAGUACGGAGAGAGGAACUGGAGCUAAGCUUGGGAGAAUUAAACACCUUGAGAGACCGUCUGGAGCAAGAGAAGAGUCUGAGACAGGUUACUGAAGAGCGUGUCAAUAAAUUGCAGAGAGAGAAGCAGAAUGAGCUGGAUAAAGCAACCAUCGUACAGAAGCAAUUGGAAGAGGAAAUUUCCAAACUCGGGGACAACCUGAAAAUAUGUCAGUCAGACAAAGAGACAGCUUUGGAGAACUUAGAGCGACAAGUGCUAAUGAAAAGUGAACAGGACCGUGAAAUUGAGAUUAUCAAAGAGACCUUGAAAGAAUGUCGGGAAGAAAAAAAGAGAGCCCUGGCUGCACUGACAAACCAAGCGGAUAGUUUAGAAGAGAUUGAGAGGCAGAUUACAGAACUAAGAGAGAAUAUUCAGGAGUGCAACGGGGAGAAGGAGACUGCUUUAACUUCAGCUGCUCUACUCCAAUUGACCAUACAAGAAAAAGAACGUGAACUCAAGACUUGUAAGGAGAGCAUAAUGCAACUCCAACAAGAGAAAGAGACGGUGGUCAAUAAAUUACAGCAACAGAUCCAGAGCUUUAAGGAGACUGAGCUGCGAAUGACAAAGCGUGUCGAAGAGUGUGAAGUUCAGAAAGAGCUUGCAGUAAAAGCAGAAUACCACAGUCUCCUGAUAGUAGCAGAAAGGGAUCGAGAAAUUGAUACCUUGAUUGCCAAGAUGAGCGUGGUUCAAGGAGAGAAGGAGACACUCGUUGAGAAGUUCUCUGUUGAUGCUAUCGAGGCAGAGCAGAAACAGACAGCUCUAAAGGAGCUUCUCAGACAGUGUCAAGAAGAACGAGAAACCAAGGUGAAUGCAUUGCUGCAAAAUGUGGGAGAACGGGAUAAAGAAUUGGUGACUUUAAGAGAGCGUCUGAAGGAUCAGCAGGCAGAGAAAGAGAGCACACUUGAAGAAGUAGGCCAUCAAGCUAUGUUGUUAAAAGAGAGUGACUCUCUGAUUGAAUCUUUCCGAUCCAGAAUGGUAGAGUGCGAGUUUGAGAAAGACCAGCUCUCUGUGAAUUACAGAGAGUGCCAGGAAAAUAUAGCAACUUUAAAAGAGACUAUUAAAGAGUACUCGGAAGAAAAAGAGAGAGCCCUGGCUGCACUGACAAACCAAGCGGAUAGUUUAGAAGAGAUUGAGAGGCAGAUUACAGAACUAAGAGAGAAUAUUCAGGAGUGCAACGGGGAGAAGGAGACUGCUUUAACUUCAGCCGCUCUACUCCAAUUGACCAUACAAGAAAAAGAACGUGAACUCAAGACUUGUAAAGAGAGCAUAAUGCAACUCCAACAAGAGAAAGAGACGGUGGUCAAUAAAUUACAGCAACAGACCCAGAGCUUUAAGGAGACUGAGCUGCGAAUGACAAAGCGUAUCGAAGAGUGUGAAGUUCAGAAAGAGCUUGCAGUAAAAGCAGAAUACCACAGUCUCCUGAUAUUAGCAGAAAGGGAUCGAGAAAUUGAUACCUUGAUUGCCAAGAUGAGCGUGGUUCAAGGAGAGAAGGAAAUACUCGUUGAGCAGUUCUCUGUUGAUGCUACCGAGGCAGAGCAGAAACAGACAGCUCUAAAGGAGCUUCUCAGACAGUGUCAAGAAGAACAAGAAACCAAGGUGAAUGCAUUGCUGCAAAACGUGGGAGAACUGGAUAAAGAAUUGGUGACUUUAAGAGAGCGUCUGAAAGAUCAGCAGGCAGAGAAAGAGAGCACACUUGAAGAAGUAGGCCAUCAAGCUAUGUUGUUAAAAGAGAGUGACUCUCUGAUUGAAUCUUUACGAUCCAGAAUGGUAGAGUGCGAGUUCGAGAAAGAUCAGCUCGCUGUGAAUUACAGAGAGUGCAAGGAAAACAUAGCAACUUUAAAAGAGACUAUUAAAGAGUACAUGGAAGAAAAAGAGACGUUGUCUGCUUUGUUGCAGUCUCAAACUGAGGGAAUUAAAGACCGAGAAAAUGAGAUAAAAUUGUUGAAGGAGACUAUGUUUAAUGUUCAAAAAGAUAAAGAAAUGAUCUGUAGUGAUUUAGCGUUUCACACCAAAACUUUGAAAGAGAAAGACGAAGCUCAUGUGGUGCUGCAACAGACACUACGAGACCGCCUGCAAGAAAAGGAGCAUCAACGAUUAGAUAUAGAACAGCAGAAAAGCGAGAUUAUGAGCCUGGAAGAGAAGUUACGGAGGUGCCAACAUGAUAAAUCUGUGGUAGAAGCUAGAAUGGAAGAUUUGGCAUUGCAGAAAGACUCCAUAGAGAAGGAAGCAAAUAUGGAGGAAAAACUUUUGAGGGAAAAAGUGUCUGAGUAUUCUCAGGCCUUAAAGGAAAAAGAACUAGCGGUUGAAGUUUUAGAAAGGAAGUAUGAGAGAGAGCGUGAAUCGCUAAAUAGGAGGCUAGAGACGCUGUCACUCUCUUUAAAAGAGAAUGAAAGAGAAUUACAGGAGUUGGGAAGACUUGAGAUCAAAAAUAGAGAUUUGGAGAGGAAACUGUCAGAGGUCCUAAAUGAAAGACAGCUGGUUGAGGAACAGAGGGAAAGGGACAACAAGGCCUUUAAAGAAAGGUUACAAGAUUUAUCCCGGACUUUGCUAGAGAAAGAGUCUGAGGCUGAUAGAGAAAGAAUGCAGUUAAACAGGGUUAACAGUGACUUGGAUGUUAGAGUCGAAGAGCUGUUACAUAUCCUUAAGGAGAAAGACAUUCAAGAACAAAAGAAUAUAGUGAAAAUACAAGAUCUGAAACUGGAACUAGAACAAGUACAAUAUGUUCUGGUAGAGAAGCAAAAAGAGGCAGAAGAUGCCAGAAUCCAGAGUGAUAGAGAGAGACUGACUCUAAAACAGCAGAUUGCAGAACUGUCUCGAGCACUCGCAGACAGAGAGGUCCAUGAUGAGGAGAGAGAAGAGCACUUGAAUGCUUUGAAUAUUAGAUUAGACCAAAUGAGUCAGGACUUAAUGGGUAAAACUGUUGAAUUUGCACAAGGGGAAGAAGAAAGAAAGGAACUGCAGAAAUGGGUAACAGAACUUUCCCAGGCUCUUAUUGGAGAGAUGUUUUUAGAUCAAGAAGAUGAUCGAGCUUUAACUGAUAGACUAAAAUUGCUUGGAAAGGCUUUGAAAGAUAGAGAGCGACAGUGCGAACAAGCAAAAAUUGAGAAAGACAGUCUGAAGGAAAGAGUAGCAAAACUUUCUCAAAUUCUUAUAGAAAAGGAACACGAGUUAGAAGAGGCAGAAGAUAAGAUGAGAUCGUUGGGACAGGAAAUAAGUGAACUGGGGCAAGUUCUUGUAAAAAAAGAAGACGAGGUAAGGAAUGAAGAGCUAAAUAGUAAGGAAGAGAAGUCGUUACUGAGACAGAGUGUAUCUCGGCUGUCUCACAGUCUUACAGAGAAAAAGAUAGAGAUAGAGGAGAAGGAAGUUGAAAUUACAUUUCUAAAGAUAAGAUCAAAGAAAUCAGACAAAGAAGAUAGCUUUAUCGAGCUAGAAAAAAGGUCUCAGAGCAAGAGACUAUCAGAAAUGUCUCAGGUUUUAUUAGAAAAGAAAAUUGAAGCAGAUAACAAAGACCUAAAAAUUAUAUCUCUGGAAGACAAGAUGGCGGAGCUUCGACAGGUUUUAAUAAGUAAGGAGUAUGAGCUCAAAGAGGAGAUAACCCGAAACGAACAUGAAAAUAAAGCCCUUAGACAAAAAGUUGAAGAACUUUCACAGACUUUACUGGAAAGAAGUCAUCAUGCAGAUUUUGCAAGCAUGGAAAUAAAACUAUUGAAAAAUAAGAAGGAAGAACUUGAAGGACAGUUGGUAGAGAAUAAAAGAGAAAUGGAAGAAAGAGAGAGACAGAUUCUAGAAGAUAAGGUGUCUCAAAGACAGAAAGUAACAGCGCUUACUGAGUCUGUAAUAGAGAAGAACAGAGAAGUGGAUGAUAAAGAGAUGCAGGUAAAGCUUCUGAAAAAGAAGACUGAAGAAUUGAGACAACGCCUGCAUGAAAAAGAGCAGGAAAAUAAGGAAGAAGAACGGCGACACGAGGAAGAGUUGAAAAGUCUGAGGAAAAGAGUGACUGAACUAUCUUCAUCUAUAGCACAAAAGGAGAGCGAAGCAGGUGAGGUAAAGACUAUGAAAGAAACAAUAAGAGAACUCAAGCAAAUGCUUGCAGAUAAGGAACAAGACAGGGAAUCUGAAAAAAGAGAGUGCGAUGAAGAGAGGAAGACUCUACAGCAGAAGUUAAGGGAUGUUUCCCAGGCUUUAGUCAAGAAAGAGCAAAAAUAUGAUGUAGUUAAACUGGAGGUGGAAACUCUGAAAAAGAAAAUAGAAGAGCUAAGCCUCCUCAUACUAGAGAAAGAAGGUAAGAUUCAAGAGGAAAACAGAAUAGGUGAAGAAGAGAAGACAUCCUUGAAGCAAAGAGUGAAAGAACUCUCCAAAGCUUUGGGUGAGAAGGAGCAAGAGGCUGCUGAGACAAAAUUAGAAAGUAAAUAUCUAAGAGACAGGCUAGAAGAAGGUAGUCAGGUCUUGGUACAUAGGGAGGAAGAGGUCAAGGAGGAAAAGAAACGCAACGAGGAAGAGAAGAACGUUAUGAGAGAAAGAAUAACAGCCAUGUCCCAGUCUUUAGUAGAGAAGAGCCAUGAAGCAGAUAGGACCAAGAUGGAGAUGAACUCUCUUAGAGAGAAGCUAGAAGAGCUACUGAGGAGGAAUGAAGCAAUGAUCCAUGAUGCAAAUAUUGAAGAGCAAAAUACUAUUUUAAGCCAGAAUGUGGAAGGACUUUCUCAGAAUUUAAAAGCAAAAGUAAGAGAAGUUAAUGUUCUCCAAACUGAUCUGACAUCUCUGAGAGAUAAGGUAGGAGAACUAAAGCAAUCUCUGACUCUUAAAGAACAAGAAAUUCAAGAGAAGGAAAUAUGCUAUGAAACAGAGAAGAGAACUUUAAAAGAAAAGGUGACCAAUCUUGCUAAAGCUUUAGGAAGUAAAGAAACAGAAGUAGAAGAAAUGGUAGGAAAUAUUGAAUACUUGAAAGAAAAGAAUGAGAAGGUAGUAAAUGAGAAAAAAUUACACGAGGAAGAAAAGACAACUCUGCAGAAUCAAAUAAUCAGACUUUCGCAAACUCUGUCGGAGAAGCAGGAGAAAACAGAAGGAAUGGAAAGGGAGAUGAGGCUACUGAGGGAACAGAUUGAGCAGCUAAGACAGGAUUCAGUAGAUAAAGGGCAAGAGAGCAAGAUGCACGAAGAAGAGAAAAAUGUCCUAAGGCAGAAAGUGUUAAAACUUGUUCACACUGCAGAAGAAAAAGAGAAGAAAAUAGACACAAUGGUUAUUGAGAAGAAUGCUCUUAAAGCAAAGAUCGGAGAACUAAGACAAGCCAUGGUGAUUCAAGAUCAAGACAGAAGAAAGAAAACCCGAGAUGAAGAAAAUGAGACAUAUUUCAGACAGAGUCGAGAGACUGAAUACCAAGGUUUAGAGAAAACUGAGACUGAUGUUUUGGAUUUGGAUGUUCAAGAAGAUGGAAAGAAACCUUUAUCUGACAAGACAGUUGCCGGAGAAAGGAGACAACUGGAGGAACAUUUACAAGUCUUGCAAACAUUUACACAUGUCAAAUCAGAGACCGCAUCGGCAAAGUCCACAGAAGGCUUAAAUUUGAUUGGUAAGAGAAAGUUGCUAGAAAACCAACAUGAGGACCCUGUGUUUCUAGAGAUCAGCUAUCCACACGAGGAGACCAAUAUACAAGAGCUGAUAACAGAAAUUAAAGCACUGUAUCAUGAGAGAGAUGAUGCCCAGAAGAGGGAAGUGGAUCUUAAAAUGAAGUUGAUGAAAGCAGAAACGGCACUAAGACGUAUGGAGGCUGAAGAGAUCACGCUGAGGCAGAAGUUUCUGGAUUCUUCUACAUCUGUAGAUGUUUUAAGUGGAAAGAAUGACGACUCUCUGCAAAGGAGGCUGCAGGUCCUGCAGGAGGCUGUUGCGAGGUUGGAAAACGACAAAUCUUUAUUGGAAAACCAAACCCUACAUUUGAGCGAGACACUACGAGAAGUGGAGUUUGAGCGGAGGAACCUCCGGAGGGAGCUGCGUAAGCUCAAUGCUUCAACAGUGCAGCAGUCAACACAAGAGGAUUCUGUUGAUUCUUCUACAUCUUGGCCAGGCGUGGCAGAGCUACAACAACAGAUCUCCUUUUUAAAGUCACAGCUGGAGAAAGAACGCGGACAUCGUUCCUGGUAUAUACACAGAUGUGCCCGCACCACUGACGAUCUUAUGAGCCUGAGACACAAUCUGACUCGUUCACUGGCGGCAGUGACCUCUGAUACUAGACCUCAGGUACUGGAGAGGGAAACUAUCCGACUGGAUGACACAUUAAACCGCAGCCUUGGCCUUCCGACAACCUGAAUGUGCAUAUUAACAUGAAGUCCCGCGAGGCACGCAGGUCUCUUGCUCUUGGAGAAACUGGUUGGGUCAGUGAGAGAGCACAGUGGGCUAAUCCGUCCUGGGAAAGGGGUUCUCCCCCUUUACCUGCCUUACAGAAGUCCAGUUGCAUUACUCCAGAAGUGUAUUGGUCCCAGCGACUGAUCAGUGACCCAUUUAUUUGGCUCAUUAGCCUCUGUGCGGGAGUUCAAAGAUUCAGCAUGGUUGAAAAUGAUGUCUGUUACAGGAUUCAUUGAUGAUGUGUGAUUGGUGUGUGUUGUUGGUUGGUGCUACAUGUAGGAGAUUUGAAUUUAUUAUCGGGAAGCAGCGGAUGCAAAAAUCCAUUCCAUUGAUGUCAAUGUCCCAUGGUGACCACACACAGGCUUGGUUGUGAUGUGAAGUUUACAGAUUCUUAGGUACUGCAAUGGGGUCUGAACUCAGCCCUUUGAGUAAUCUAUUUGUCAUUGAAAAAAGGUAAUGUUUGGAACUUCUAUAUGAUAUGCCCAAGUUUCAGUUGGAGACAUAAUUAUUUGGCAAGAUUUUUAGACAUCAGAAAGUGUCUUACCAUAAGUUUGCAGUGUCACACAUGGGUCUGUAUCUGAUAAGAUGCACUAGAUCAACUUUGUAGACUCUGAUCAUUGCACAAAGUAGUGUUUUAUAAAGUCAGGUUGUGAUGUUCAGUAUGGUGUUCUGAUCUUACAGGAAUCGGUUAUAAUACGUGUAUGUGAUACAGGUACCGCAAUGGGGUCCGACCCUAACCCUUUCUUGAAAUGCUCUGCUGCUGGUCAUCAGAAGCACUCGCUGUUUUACUGUAUGUAGCUUACGUUAAAAACCAAGCUUAUAGCAUCACAUUAUUGUGCUGGUGGUAAACCCUGAGGUUGUCAUCUCUGAUGUGUGUACGAGUCCAAGUAUCGGGUAGCUGUGUCGUCUCAGAUUAAGCUUCUGGUUGCCUGGUGUAGACAAUCUUGACAAUUUCUGUCUGUUUUUGUGGGCAGAGGGGUUCCCACAGUAGCCAAGUUGCUUUAAACCUAUACCUGUAUACUAGGGAAUUGCACAUAGCAGUUUAUUUUUAAGGACUACCUAUAUAAAUCCAGGAGGAGGUGUAUGUAGCAUAUCAAUCUGUGUACAACUACAAGACAGACAUGUGACCCCCUCAGUGAUCGCAGUGACAAUCAGUUCAUGAAACAGGGCGUUGGGGUUGGACACGUACUACAGAGAGAGAUUGCGGGGACCACAUGUGUGAUUGUUACAGAGACUCAUGGAAUUGUAUGAAAUUGCUGUGAACCAUUUAAAGGGUAGGUCCAUCCAGUCUGUAAAUUCACACUAAACAAUCUUAGUGGAAAUAUGGGGUGGGAUAUAGGAAAUGCAAUAAAAUGACAACCAUUCUGAUCAACAUUUUCUGGUUCUUAGAACUUAAUAGUUGUCGCUCUCUUGCCAACAAAGGCUGCAACCAAUGGGGUGCAGAGAUGGUUUUCAGAAAGCACAAUGGUCCCAUUUUUGUUUUUAGCAUCUAUUACUCUUAUUAAAGUGGUUGUUAAAAAUCCCCCCCCCCUCCUUCGAGCUCCUGGCACUUCCACCAUUGGGGGUGCAGGUUUAUAGAAGACGGACUUGCAGCAACAUCUUUGGAAACAACUUCAUUCUACGAAGGGUUUGUCCAUUUGUGGAUCCUUACUGGAUGGGUCUGCCCUUUCUGAUGGGUUUCUGGGUUACGGUGAGCCUGUUCUCCAGGAUGUUGGAUGAAUUUUAUUUUAUACAGUUAUUUAUAUAUUUAUAUAUUUUAAUAAAAAUCUGUUUUAUGUACAGAAGUUGAUAUUGUAUCUGACGCAGUGACGGACUCCUGCCAGAGAGAGGCUGUGAUAUUAUAUUAUAAUCAGCAGUCUCUACUCAUUUAUGUAUCUCUGUGCAUAUUUUUGUAUUAAUAUGUAUUUUGUAUGAAGAAAUAUAUAUACCUU